AUGGAUGUCUUUAAGAAAGGCUUCUCCAUUGCUAAAGAAGGUGUGGUGGCUGCUGCAGAAAAGACCAAGCAGGGAGUGACUGAGGCUGCAGAGAAGACUAAAGAAGGGGUGAUGUAUGUAGGUACCAAAACCAAGGAAGGUGUUGUGCAAAGCGUGACCUCAGUUGCUGAGAAAACCAAAGAACAGGCCAACGUGGUGGGAGAAGCUGUAGUAGCGAGUGUGAACACGGUGGCAAACAAGACUGUAGAAGGAGCAGAGACCAUUGUGGCCACUACAGGAGUCGUAAAAAAGGAGGACCUGGCCACACCGCAGCCACCCGAGCAGCUGGGGGUGGCUGGAGAGGGGGCCCUGGAGGCAAGCACAGGCGGCGGAGAGGGUGAAAAUGAAGGCAAUUAA